AUGGCGAGCAGAGAAUGUCGCUCAAGAGUCAUCUCGCUAUACAAGGAACUCCAUAGGCUAGGCCGCGACUAUCCAGACCCUGCGUACAACUAUCAUGGGAAGAUUCGGGGUCUUUUUGAGAAGAAUCGACACCUCACCGAUCCUCAGGAGAUAGAGAACGCGAUCGGGAUGGGCGAGUACAUUCGCAAUGAAACGCUCGCGUUGUAUUCCCUCCGCAAAUACCGUCACCUCAAGCGCAUGUAUCCGCAAUAA